UUUUAGAGCCCUUCUUUUCUGUACGUCUACUGUGACGCCAUGACGCGGGGGCGGAGUUUGAAGGCGAGCCGGGAUUCCUGAGGAUUACCCAUCAUGCCCCGCGGGUAAAGAUGGCAGCAGAUCAACUUUUCCCGGAGCUCUGAGCGGAUUCUAUCUCCAGUAACGGAGCUCCUCCCCGGGCCGCUGCUGCUCUCACUGACCGCCGUCAGGCUGCCCUGCCCGCAGCGCUGCUACCGGGAGUCGGAUCGGUCCGGAGACCCCCGCUCCUGCUCUCCCAGCCGGAGGAAGGACCGCGGACCUCGGGCUGAAGUUUGUCUACCCUCGGCGGAGCCGCCCCGAGCCGCGCUGGGCCGCGCUGACCGCCGCUCAGGUUAUCGGAUCAGAACACAGAAGAGGGUCCAACCAGAGGAUGAAGAGUUCCAGGUGUGAUCCUUUCUAUGGAUGAAGUCUCUUCUGGAACCGUUCACAGCUCAGGACCGCAGACCCGACCGGAACCAGCAGACAGGAUGGCGAGCGCCGGCCCGGCCAGGAAGCCGUACCGCAAGGCUCCGCCGCAGCACCGCGAGACGCGCCACGGCCUGACCCCCGCCUCGCCGCCGCCCGCCCAGCGGCCCGACCUCAGCCAGGAGGCGCUGUCGGACUCCGACAGGAUCAGAAUCCUCCAGCAGCAGAACGAGGACCUGCGGCACCGCCUGUCACUCUCCACCCACAAGAUGGAGGCCAUGGAGGCGGAGUUUGAGGGCAGCCGUCACUACAUGGAGGCGGAGCUCAGCCGGACCAGAGACGACCUGGACAAGAUGAGGGACAAGUUCCGCAGACUCCAGAACAGCUACACGGCGUCGCAGCGAGCCAAUCAGGACCUGGAGGAGAAGCUGCACGCUCUGCUACGGAAGGUGGAGAGGGACAAAAAAACGAUGGACCAGGAGAUCGUGGAGCUCACCAACAAACUUUUGGACGCUAAGAACACCAUAGACCGCCUGGAGGAGCUCAAUGAACGCUACAGGCAAGACUGCAACUUGGCCGUUCAGUUGCUCAAAUGCAACAAGUCCCACUUCAGGAACCACAAGUUUGCUGACCUGCCCUCGGAGCUGCAGGAAAUGCUCAACAAACACAUGAAGUCCAGCCUCCCGGAGCGAAGCCCCGCCCCCGGCGGCCAGGACCCAGACACGCUGAGCCUGACGCACGCCGACGUCGUGCCGACCUCCGUCAUCGCCCGCGUCCUGGAGAAACCCGAGCCGCUGGUUCUGAACUCGGCCCAGUCCAGCAGCUGUGGCCGGCCGGUGGCCGAGGACGUCUUUGUCCACGUGGACAUGACGGACCCGGCCGGCGCCGAGCCUCGGGAGGAUGGCGCCGGCCGGGAGGUGCAGCAGCACAACGGCUCCUGCCGCAGCCAGAGCAGCCUGGAUGAGGAGGCGGGCGGGGCUCCGGCCUUCGAGAAGCUCAACCCAUACCCUCCGCCGCCGCCGCCUCACCCGCUCUACCCGGGCCGCAAGGUCAUCGAGUUCUCAUCCGAUGACAAGGUGAAGAUCCCCAAGAACUCACCGCUGCCCAACUGCACCUACGCCACAAGGCAGGCCAUCUCCCUCAGCCUUGUCCAGAACGACGACGAGCGGGUCGGCCCCGGAAGCCCCGCCCCUUCCUCCUCCUCCGGCGGCGGGGGCGGAGCCAACCAGCACACGCCGCCGUCGCAGCGAGACGCCGCCAGCGAGCUGCUCUCCGCUCAGUCCAGCCCCUUCAGCAGCCCGCCGCAGGCGCCGAGUGUGCCGGCCAGCUCCGCCAGCUCCGAGGAGGAUCUUCUCUCCAACUGGCAGCGGAUGUUUGUGGAGAAGAUGGCACCCUCUAGCGAGGGAUCCGUGAUGCACCGCACCUCGUUCAGCAGCCAGACGGCGCAGGAGCUGCAGAGGCGGCGGCAGGCACCUGGGGGCGGGGCCGGCUCAGAGCGCCACAGGGCGGCGUACUCGGACGGAGAGGAAGGCUCAUCAGCCCGCAGCUGGACGCCGAGCCGCGGCUCCAGUCUGGACACGGACACCGACACGGAGCCCCAGCCCGGCAGGAGGCGCUACGGCGCUGGGAACGGCCCCGAGGAGGCGGAGCUGCUGAUGGACUUAGAGGACGAAACCGGCAGCGCGGACACCGCUGUCACCGUGACGACCACGGACGCCCACGGGAAGACAGAGGAGGAUGACAGCUCGGCCGAAGAGAGAGACGUUCUUCCACGCGAGCUGCCCGCCAUCUCGCCCCGCCUCCUGGAGUUUGACCCCGCCCCUGGCCCGCAGAGGCCAAUGAGGAGCCCCAAGAGGAUGGGCGUGCACCACCUGCACCGCAAGGACAGCCUGACCCGGGCCCAGGAGCAAGGCACGCUGCUGGACUGACCGUCGCCACAGAAACCCGACCGCAGGCCACGCCCAGGAAAUAGCCAUACCUGACGUACGCUGCCGAGCGCGCCACCUGGUGUCCAUCAAUUCCACUUCCUGUUUACACAAACAGAGAGGAUCCAGAAAAACUGGCCAUCCUUUAUUUUGACCCCUGGGGUCGACGACCCGGAGCCGCUCCACCAGUUGACCCCCUGGUUAUUUUUUUUACUUCCUGGUUUGUGAUGCGACAUCAUCAUCAGGAAACCGUCAUCAGUGUUAGAAGGUGAACUUUGACCUGAGGUCCAGCCUGACCCGGUUCCUGAUUAUCGGGCCUGUUCUGGAACGAUGUUGGAAACCCAGAAAUGUCUUGUUUCCCAAACAGAUGCUUUUAUUUUGAAAGAACAAAUUGGACAUGCUCAGACUCUCAGUGCCUCCAUCACUUCCUGUCCCAGAGGUUGUGAGUUUGAUGCUGGGCUCAAGUUAAAGGCUUUUAUUUUGACAUCUGUAGCUGCUGGUUUCCUGUCACGUGUCCAGGCAGGUGAUUGGCUGGUGUUUGGCCCCGCCCCCUUCACCCCACACACUGUCUCACGGGGGGCGGGGUAGUGGGCGGAGCUCCAGCUCACCUGGAAUGUGACAUUACCGUUUUGUUUAUGAAAUCUGACGUUCUGAUUGGUCACCACUGAAUUUGAUUUGCUUUAUGAAUUCUACGGCAUCCUGUUGGUGCCAAAACACGGCUGGAGCUCCUCCUGGUGGUGACAGGAGGUAGUGCGGCUCUGUUUUUGGCACCUGAGGGCUUCCGUAGCCACCGGCGCUCGGCCUCUGCGGCGCCAGUCCGAAUGUGGACCCGCCUCCUCACAGCGCUGAUUGUGGCUCAUUGGACCAAGCAGCUGAUCACUGAAUGUUCUGAUGAGCGGUUCUGGCCGGAUCCGUCACUGAAUGUUCUCUCAUCAGAACUUUUUCUGUUCUGAAUAUUCAGAAAUUAUUUUCAUAAAAACUGAAAUAUUUGGUUUA